AUGGCAAUUCAGCAACGACAGAGGAAGCCGUACUACAAUGGUGACACUCUCGCAAUCCCGCCAUGGCUGAAAUUCGAAAACCCUAGAUUGAAAAAUGCCUACAUUGCUCUGCAAGCUUGGAAGGCGUCGAUCCUUUCCGAUCCCGGCAAUUCCACCGGAAACUGGAUCGGCUCCGACGUCUGUAACUACAACGGAGUUUUCUGCUGGCCGGCGCCGGAUAAUCCCUCCGACCGUACGGUCGCUUCCAUCGAUUUGAACCACGCAUACAUCGCCGGAACCCUACCUCAUGAAUUGGGCCUGCUCUACGAUCUUGAAAUCGUUCAUCUCAAUUCCAAUCGAUUUUGUGGAAAAAUUCCUCCCAGCAUCGUCAAUUUGAAGCUCCUCUACGAACUGGAUCUCAGCAACAACCAUUUCGCCGGCGAGUUUCCGGCGAUGCUCCUGGAUCUGCCGUAUCUCCAGUAUCUCGACAUCCGAUUCAACGAAUUCGAAGGCGCUCUGCCGAGGAGGCUCUUCGAGAAGGAUCUUGAUGCGAUUUUUAUCAAUAACAAUAAGUUCUCCGCCGUGCCGGACAAUUUCGGAGAUUCGCCGGCGCCGGUUAUCGUGGCGGCGUUUAACAAGUUCGAGGGAUUUUUUCCGGUGAGUAUGGGCAAGAUGCCGAAUAUGGAGGAACUGAUCCUUUCUAACAACGGAUUCUUCCCGCGUCUCCCAGAUGAGAUCGAUAGUUUGAAGAAUUUGACGGUGGUUGAUGUUAGCCGGAAUAAACUGGUCGGACCGUCGCCGGAGACAAUCGGUGAAUUGCAGAGUUUAGAGCAGCUGUCUGUGGAGCACAACAUGCUGUCCGGCAAUGUCUCCGACGGGAACUGCGGUCUGCUGAAUCGGAGGAAUUUUCGGUAUGAUUACAAUUUCUUCACCGGCGCGUCGCCGGACGGGUGUUCCCGUCGGCGUCCGAUUUUGGACGACAGAAUGAUUAUGAAGUGUCUCCGGGGAAGGCCCAAGCAGAGGACCUCCGAUCAGUGCCGGAGGUUUUUUUUGAGGACGGUUCACAUUCACUGCAGCGUCUUCCGGUGUAAUCCUCUUCUUCCUACUUCGUCUCAACUACACGCGCCGCCGUCACCGCUGCCUCGAUGGUCCUCACCUCCGCCGCUGGUUCAGAGGCCUCCAAGUCCGCCAAUUGCGUCUCCUCCUCCUCCUCCGCCGCCGCCGCCAGUUCACAUACCUCCAUGUCCGCCAAUUGCACUUCCUCCUCCGCCGCCGCCGCCGCCAGUGCACGAACCUCCAUGUCCGCCAAUUGCACUUCCUCCGCCGCCGCCAGUGCACGAAAGUCCAUGUCCACCGAUUGCAACUCCCCCGCCGCCGCCUGUGCACGAACCUCCAUGUCCGCCGAUUGUAACUCCGCCGCCGCCGGUUCACAGACCUCCAUGUCCGCCGCCGCCAGUUUACAGACCACCAUGCCCGCCGAUUGCACUUCCUCCGCCGCCGCCGCCAGUUCACAUACCUCCAUGUCCGCCGAUUGCACUUCCUCCACCGCCGCCGCCAGUUUACAGACCACCAUGUCCGCCGAUUGGACUUCCUCCUCCGCCGCCAGUUCACAGACCUCCAUGUCCGGCGACUGCACUUCCGCCUCCUCCAUGUGAAUGUAUAAUACCGGCGGCGGCGCUUGCCAUUCCUUAA